AUGGCGGCCACAGAGCUGACGCUGCCUGAGAAGUCCCUGGGGCUGAGUAAAGGGAACAAAUACAGCGUUCAGGGUGAGCACCAGAUUCCAGUUCUUCAAACAAACAAUGGUCCAAGUCUAACAGGACUGACUCCUGUAGCAGCUCAUCUUGUCAAGCAGGCCAACAAAGAAUAUUUGCUUGGGAGCACUGCAGAAGAAAAAGCAUCCGUUCAGCUGUGGUUGGAAUACAGGGUAACUCAAGUAGAUGGACACUCCAAUAAAGACAAUAUCCGCACUCUGUUGAAGGAUCUUAAUUCCUGUCUUGAAGAUAAAGCCUACCUUACAGGAUUUAACUUUACCUUAGCAGAUAUCCUAUUGUACUAUGGACUUCAUCGCUUUAGAGUUGACCUGACAGUUCAAGAAAAGGAGAAAUAUCUUAGUGUGUCUCACUGGUUUUGUCACAUUCAGCACUAUCCAGGGAUUAUGCAACAUCUGUCCAUUGUUCUCUUCAUCAAGAACAGACGAUAUACUAAUUCCCACUAG